AUGAAGUCUAAACAACCAUCCGCUUAUAAAAAACGUAAAAAGAGAAAACUAGACGAAGAAAAGAGAAAGGUUGACAUUGGUGCUCUAGAUAAGUUUAUCCAUAGACAACCUGUUGAAGAUUAUGUUGAAGAGCACAUUGAAGAGCUUGUUGAAGAUCACAUUAAAGAGCACAUUGAAGAGCAAGAGCUUGUAGAAGUAGAAGAGACAGAAGAGCAUGAUCCGGUUAAAGAUAUUGUUGAUAUAUAUGAUCCAAGAAGGUGGGAAAAACUUAAUUCUAAUGGGAUUAAAAUUUUGGUUGAGAAAGGUCCUAAAAGAGAUAAUAGUAUUAUGAAUGGUCCCUACGAUAAAUUUGGUAGAUGGUUUUCUGCAGCUUUAUAUACAAGAACUUUAUCAAAUUUGAAGAAGUGUGAUAGAGAAUGGUUAGUAUAUUCAAAAGAGCUAGAUAGGGUAUUUUGUUUCUGUUGUAAAGUGUUUAGAAAAGGAAUUUCGAAAGUAGUGAAGUUUCUUGCUAAACAUAAUCUAGCAUUUCGUGGAUCCAAUGAAAAGUUGUUUCAAAAAGAUAAUGUUAAAGCUUGGAGCCUUGAGUCAUUGUGUCAAACUCAUUGGGAAAGUCGGGUUGACAAUGUAAAGACUAUUAAACUGCAACAUGUGGAUGUUCGGGAAGCUUUACUUCAAGUUAGAGAAAAAGAUAAUGAUGUUGCUGCAAUUGUAAGUGAAGCAACUUCACUAGCAGAAAAAGAACUUAGUGACUUUGAAUUUUUGGUGUAUGAAGUACUAAAUCAUAUGAAUAUUGUGAGUAAGAAGUUACAAUCAAAGGAUAUGAAUCUUGAUAAUGUUAUUACAGAAAUAAAUAAAUUGAUUGGGUACUUCAAGGAUUAUAGAGAAACUGGUUUUUCAAAAGCGAUUAUUGUAGCUAAGGAGAUUGCUAUUGAAAUGGGUAUUGAUCCAAUAUUUCCACAAAGGCGUUUGAUUGAAAGGAAAAAAAGGUUUGAUGAGAGUUCAAGUAGUGAAGAAGUUUCAUUUACACCUAAAGAGAAUUUCAGAGUCAAAUAUUUCUUAUACAUUGUUGAUCAAGUUAUUUCUUCUCUUAAGAUAAGAUUUGAACAAUUCAAUGAGUAUGAUAAAGAUAUUGCAACAAGAGUUAUUAAUCAUGGGAUUGAUUUGGUGAACGCAAAGGUGAUGACAUGGAAUCCGAUUUUUGUUUUGUCUGAUACUUCUGAUGUGGAAGCUCUACAGAAGAUGGUGGAAGGAGAAGUUACACGAUUGCUUGUUAUAGAGAAGGGAAGGUUAUUGGUUUAG